AUGCCGCAGCAAGCAGACGAGCCGGACCUACAGAUGCUUGUUGAAGCCCUAGACCGGGUCUUCUUCCGCCGCUGCAUCGCCGGCCUCGGGGCGCUGCCGCACAUCGGCCGGCUCUACCUGGCCAGCCCCCACCUGCAGGAGACUCACAGCCGGCCCUUUGGGCCCCUGCAGGAAAAGGACAGCAUGGAUCGAUAUCUGCGCUAUAGCAAGCGCUUUCUCUGCUACUGCCUACGGGUUCGGACGCUUGAGCCGGCCGAGCUAGCCACACAGCACGCUCUUAUUCUUACCCCAAUGCAGCGAGGCCAGCUUGCAAGGCUUGCCCGUCGGCUCGAGCAGGCCGUGGCGGCAGGCUGCAGCUAUACCCAGGUUGAAGAAGAGGUCCUACAGGCUUUAGCCAGCUUUUGGAUGCAGCGCCUUCCUGCCGACCCCUUUGCGAGCCCGCUGUGGCACUUUGUCGCCGUCCUGGGGAUCAACAAGCAAACCGGGCAGCUGCAGCCGGCCCAUCUAUUUACAGGCACUCUAGCCGGCCUCGUAUAUACAGGCCGAGCUGUUGUAGCCGAGGCGGCGAUCCCCAGCAGCCAGCGGGCGGCACUGACAGAUCUGCCCGAGCAACUGCAUGCAGCAAGAGAGAGCUGGCUAUGUAAGACCAGCUUUGCACCAAUGGGCUAUAUCUUGAGCCUGCUGCUCUACGGUCGGAAGAUUGCAAUGGAGACCGGCAGCCGGCUUGCAGUCUUGUGGAAUGCUGAAGGAACCCUGCUUUACUACCACGGUCAGCCUCUUGCAAUAGAUAGCAUCCGGCAGCUAGUGGCCAGAAUGACGGCAGAUGCUGAAGAUCUUCUAUGG